AUGCGAGUUUCAGCACAAAUUGAAGUGAUCCCAUGUAAAGUUUGUGGUGACAAGUCUUCUGGAGUGCAUUAUGGCGUCAUUACUUGUGAAGGAUGCAAAGGAUUUUUUCGGCGCAGCCAAUCGACUCUCAAUAACUACCAAUGUCCCAGGCAACAAAAAUGCAUCGUAGAUCGAGUAAAUCGCAAUCGAUGCCAGUAUUGCCGCUUGAAGAAAUGUCUAGAACUUGGAAUGAGUCGAGAUGCCGUAAAAUUCGGUCGAAUGAGUAAAAAACAACGCGAAAAGGUAGAAGAUGAGGUUAGAAUGCACAAACAAAUGGCUGAAGUUCAAGGAAUCGCUUAUUCUCCCUACGGAGAGUACUCACCCCCAGCUCCGGUACAUCCGGCUGCUGCUUACAGUAACAGUUAUGAGCCAUCCGUGGCUUACGCUGCAAGUUCAUAUGCAACCAGCGCUACUAGCUAUGCCGCAGCUGCACCCGUCAGCUAUCCUUCUAUUCAGGGACAAGGUUACUCAAUCGCUCAGCAGGCAGCUGUACCUGCUCCUAGUGGUGGAUAUCCUCAACGGACCGUCGGCGCAUCUCAGCCCGAUGAAGAUUUAAUUGCGGGUGUUACGGCUGCGUUUGAUUCAGCACAUGGUCUUACUACCGUUACAGCGGCAGAUCGACUGGCUGCCGCAUCAACAAGCACCUUCACCGAGCAACAGUACCGCAAUAUGAACAGGUUCGAUGCUUGGAAGAAAUUUGCGGCAGAGUUGACUCGAAUAAUUCAAUGUAUCAUCGAAUUUGCAAAAAUGGUAGAAGGCUUUAUGCAACUGAGUCAGGAGGAGCAAAUUGCGUUGCUGAAAGGAUGUGUUUUUGAGCUUGCUGCAAUUGUCGUCACCAGGCAUUACAAUCCCGAAACUACCUCGCUGAUUCUCAGUCGAGAAGUCUUUCCAGCUUCCAUUUUUCGACCUAGUGAACAAGCCGAAUUAAAUUUCUUUCUUGGAAUGCACAGUUGCAUUCAUGAAUUAGCUCAGCUGCGAUUAACAAACGCAGAAAUGGGUUUGCUCUCCGCCUGGAUAUUACUGGAUCGAUCUUCACUUGGACAGUUUGUAAUUGAGCAAUUCAGGAACUGUUUACAACAACAGAUCGCGACAAGAAUAGCUGAUUCUGGUCCACUGAUGCAAAAAUUGUGUGAAAUAAUACAACGUUUGCGUGGACAUGCUCAGGAACACAUUCGUUUACUGGGACAGUUAUUCACCACAUAUCCGCAAGCAACGGAAAAAGGUGCGCUACCGGAUUUAUAUAAAGAACUCUUCUCACCACCAUCAUCCUGA